AUGGACAGCCCCUCCAAGCUGUCUGGCGAGACUCUGAUCGUUCACCACAUCCCCCUGGUACACUGCCAGGUGACUGGGGGUCGGCAGGGCUGCGGUGGAGGAGGGGGGUCCCUGAAGAGAUCGAACCAACCAGAGAACUUGGGCCUGAGCCACACCACCUCCCUCCCUGAGCAGGAUGUAAUCCAGAGGGAGGCGCUGGUCUACAGCAACCUCAUCCAGACCUCUACAGGAGGAGGGAGAGGAGGAGGAGGAGAGAGAGGAGGAGGAGGAAGAGAGGGAGGAGGAGGAGGAGAGGGAGGAGAGAGAGGAGGAGAGGGAGGGGGAGGAGGAGAAGGAGGAGGAAGAGGAGGAGGCAGCACAGGGAGCGAUAAUUCGUCGGUUACGUCCUGUAACUGGGAGGACCAGGUUAUGGUGAUGGUGGCCCACACUCUGCCCAGGGUGAAACCAAGGGAACAGGCCAACAACCCUCUCCGGCUCCGCCACAACCCCUUUCUACUCAACACGGAGGAGGAUGAUGAUGAGGAGGAGGAUGAAGACGAUAGUGAUAAUCUCAACGGUUACCUGGAAGAUUCCUCCUUCCAUCUCCAUGGCAAAGCCAACUCCGCCCUAGAUGAGGAGGGAGACGGGGUCGCGCCCUUUCACCUCCACGACCUGGGGUGCACCACACACGAGCCCUUCCUGUUGCACAGCACCCUGGGAAAGCACUCCUGGGGCUGCUCUGGGGGGCGGGACUCCCUCAGGGGUGUUGCCUCCGAUCUCUCUGCCCACCUGGAGGGCCUAGACCUGCUGGGAUUGGAUGGUCCUCGCCGCCAUGGCAGCAGUGGCUCCACCCUCUCCAUGGACUGCGGAGAGCAGGAGUGGGCCGAGGAUGAGGAGGAGGAGGAAGACGAUCACCCAAUGAGGGGUGGUGGGAGGAGCCAGGCUGACUCUUCUUCCUCCAGCUCCGCCCUCCAGCGCUGCUCCUGCUGCAGCCUCUCACAGACAUUUCACGAACACCUCCCGGAACAGUUUUCCGAGUCGUUGGAAUGCCAGCUGGGCUACGGCAGCGAAUCGUCCUGUAACAGCUCGCAUGGCAUGCUGGUCAACUUCAGUGCCAUUUAUAACAAGAUGAACAACAGUGUCCCUUCGACCUCCUCCAAGCCACCUCCUCCUGCCACGACCACCAACCUGAACAGUUCCACCGACCACUCCUGCACCUCCUCUGUCUGCACCUCUUCUGUGCUGGUUGGGGAGGCAGGGAGCCCAGGAGGCGCCGGAGGCAGGGGGGCUUUCUACCUAGACCUCCGCACUUCCCCCACCGAGCCCCCCAACUCUCAUCAACCCUCCUGCCCCUCCAAUAGCACCCUGCCGUUACUAUUUGGACUCCACCCCCACCACACCACCUCCUCAUGCACCUGCUCAGCCGAACACCAGGGGGCUCUAGAUCUAGACGCCAACUGCAAUUCUUACCACCCUCCCCACCACGCAGACUCAGGAAGUGACCUCACAUCCUGUCUGCAAGUAUGAAAUCCUAGAUCUCCUUCGGUUGUGCCUUUGAGCAACUUCUCCAUGUGCGCCGUAGUAUGGCUGCCAUCUGCACUGCUCCAAAUUGUGUGUGUCUUUUGGAGGGGUUGGAAUAAAGAGGGAGUCAAUUUCUAGUUAGACUUGUAUUUAAUUGCACAAUAAAGUAAUUAUUCUUCUCCUUCCUUUCUUCUUCUUCUUCUUCUUCUCCUUCCUUCCUUCCUUCCUUCCUUCCUUCCUUCCUUCCUUCCUUCCUUCCUUCCUUCCUUCCUUCCUUCCUUCCUUCCUUCCUUCCUUCCUUCCUUCCUUCCUUCCUUCGCAGAGCCAGGCCCGUCUGGUGGUAGCCACCCAGAACUACUACAAGCUGGUGACCUGUGACCUUUCAUCUCAGUCGCCCCCGAGCCCUGUGGGAAGCUCCGCAUCGUUUACCAGCUGCUCUGACGAGCACAGCAAAGAAAGUCCUGCCCCUGACACGCCCAACGCCACCCAGCCAACCGAAUACUACCUGUUCAGACGGCCACCUGGGGGAGAGGAAGAGGAGGCGGGAGAGGAAGAGGAUGCGGGAGAGGAAGAGGAGGCGGUAGAGUUGUCACGGGUAAGUGGAGGAGGAUAUUGGUUCUAUUUGGAAUGGUCCUCCGGUGCUCAGUUGGGAGAGUAUGGUGCUUGCAACGCAAUGAUAGUGGGGUUCGAUUCCCGGGACCACCCAUAUGUAAAGAAUGUACUCGCGCAUGACUGUAGGUCACAAUGGGUAAAAGCGUCUGCUAAAUGGCAUAAUUUUUUUUUCUAAAGAGUCAGAGUUCUGUUUUUUAAUGCGGGUGAUAUGUAGCUCAGAGUUUGGAAGAGGUGAACCAGUGUUACAACGUGAACACAAUCGUUCCAGGGGUAAAAAAAAAAUGCUCUUGAUGACUUAAUGAAUGACAACUCGAUUAAUAUACAGACAUCAGAUAAGGGAGGUGGGAUUGUGAUUUCUAUUACCAACAUGUACACUACGGGUCAAAAGUUUUAAAACACCUACUCAUUUAAGGAUUUUUCUUUAUUUUUACUAUUUUCUAAAAUUAUUAUUUUCACGUGCGCACAGCCCCCAGCCAGGCAGUGUUGCAGCGCAAGGGGGAUAGGCUAUAUAGGAUUCCUAGUUCUUUGACUUUGUGUGAUUUAAUUUACCAGCUAUGAAACAAAACCGCAGAAAUACUUUGAAACAGCUACUGCAGCAUUUAUUUUACUAUAAAUGUGAACAUAUUUGACUAUUUUUAUUCACAAAUGCAAGUGAAAUGCUCGCACUGUGGAGCCCUCACCACCCGUCAACGUGACUAGUGAAAUAGACAUCUUACCCACCAAUGCUAAAAUCGACCCGCAUUUGGCAGGUGGCGGUUGUUUAAUUUUAGCCCCUGAACAUUUUCUAUUCUUAUUUACAAUAAAAGUGACCCCCAAAAUGAUCCCAAAAGGGUCAUAUUAGAUUGUGUAGAAAUGCAAGAAAUUAGCUUUUGAUGCCCCAAAAAUUCUGAGGGUGGUUCCCCAGACCCCCCGCCAGGUUAUGUCACUCCCACUUCUAAAACCAAAGUAUACCAGUUAUUGGUGAAGGAGAUUGGCUAGUCACUCUUGAUGUAUCAUCACUAUGUACCAAUAUUCCGAAUGAUGGAGGUAUGGAGGCCCUCAAAUUCUUCCUCUCCAACCACUUAAGCGAUGUGCCUACAAAUUUAUAUAAUUGAGUUUGCACAACUAGUGCUUACUAAAAACGAUUUUCUAUUUUGAUAAAUAUUACUACCUACAGACUUUUGGAACCGCAAUGGGAACUCCAUUAGCUCCCAGCCAAUGUAAAUCUCUUCAUGGGGAAAUUUUUACUGGAUUUUAUUUAUGAAAAUAAUCCUUACAAAGAUCCUGUUUAAAUAUUGGACCCGCUAUAUAGACGAUUGCUUUAUGAUCUGGACAGGUUCCGAAAUUCAAUUCAAUUAAUUUCUUAACUAUAUUAACUGUAGAGUACAAUCAAUUUCCUUCACUAUGGAAAAUAACAUUAACUCCAUACAUUUCUUAGAUGUACUUGUUACAAAGAAGGGACAAUCUCUAAGUACUACAGUUUACAGAAAACCUACAGAUAAAAAUACUAUAUUGACAGCUGACAGUUAUCACCCUCUCCCCCUAAAAAAGAGGUUUACCAGUAAGCCAACUUUAUAGUCUGUGACACAGAGGAAAAAUAUGAUAGUCAAUAAAACUCAUCCCGAGAGUUUUUUUCGCUUGAGAGGAUACCCCAAUACCUGGCUUGAUGAAGCUCCAAAACAAGUUAAAAUGUCAUGAACAGAAGCCAGUUACUUAAUAAAUCCCAACCAUAACAGAAGCCAGUUACUUAAUAAAUCCCAACCAUAACAGAAGCCAGUUACUUAAUAAAUCCCAACCAUAACAGAAGCCAGUUACUUAAUAAAUCCCAACCAUAACAGAAGCCAGUUACUUAAUAAAUCCCAACCAUAACAGAAGCCAGUUACUUAAUGAAUCCCAACCAUAACAGAAGCCAGUUACUUAAUGAAUCCCAACCAUAACAGAAGCCAGUUACUUAAUAAAUCCCAACCAUAACAGAAGCCAGUUACUUAAUGAAUCCCAACCAUAACAGAAGCCAGUUACUUAAUAAAUCCCAACCAUAACAGAAGCCAGUUACUUAAUAAAUCCCAACCAUAACAGAAGCCAGUUACUUAAUAAAUCCCAACCAUAACAGAAGCCAGUUACUUAAUAAAUCCCAACCAUAACAGAAGCCAGUUACUUAAUAAAUCCCAACCAUAACAGAAUAAACAGUUUUCUGUAAACUAUAUACUUACUUUCAAUGAUAGCUGUAAUGGCAUCAAGUCUAUUGUCAAGAAACAUUGGCACAUAUUAUCAUCAGACUCCUCUUUAAAUUCUGCCUUCCAGAAUCCACCUUUAUUCAACUUUAAACGAUCAAGAAAUCUAUCAAACAUAUUGGUUAAAUCAGAUGUGUUCAGACAGAGAGAAGAGGCCUUCAUAAAGGCUGCUUCCCCUGUAGAUCAUGUACCUCAUGUAGCACCAUAAGGAAAUGGUCUAACGUUGUAUGCCCUGAGACUUCUACGACCUGGGGUGGUUGAUUUGUGAGUUGCCCUUCGUGCCCCGCUCCCAUACCGUAUAAUUCUGUAUCUCUUUGUGACUCAUUUGUAUCCAGGUAGACCAGAAAAGUCCCAUCCCUGAUUGGCAGAUGAGUGGCAACCCUGAUUAGAAGCACCUGCUGCUCAUCGGUUGUUCUUUACAAAUGCUGUUUUGAAUUAAAAUUAAAUUGUACCAACACACUGAAGAAGGCUGUAAAGCCGAAACGUCUGUGUACGCUAUCCCUAACGCAGUUAAAAAAAUAAAAUAAAAAAAUAUGAAUAAAGUAAGCUUUAUGCAACAUGUUUUUGAGUGCGAACCGAUUACACCUUUUUGUUUUGUCUUAAUUGGCGGGUUUAAUUGGUUUAAGUCCUGGGCCAGGCGAUGUAAAAGUCCAUUACUACCAUCUGGUCCUCUGUAGCUCAAUUGGUAGAGCAUGGCGCUUGUAACGCCAGGGUAGUGGGUUCGAUCCCCGGGACCGCCCAUAGGUAAAAAUGUAUGCGUGCACAUGACUGUAAGUCGCUUUGGAUAAAAGCGUCUGCUAAAUGGCAUAUUAUUAUUAUUAUUAUUAUUAUUAUUAUUAUCUACUACCGUUGUACUGAGACAGCUGGGAAUCCUGUAAGGGUGUAUUCCUGGAGAGUGUGUGUCUGUCCCAGAUUUUGUUUGCAUGCCUUCAGUGGGUGUGUUGUUGACCCAAUAAAGAUCGAGGUCUAUUUACAGUAGCUAUCAGUGCUGCAGUCUGAGGUUAUACAAGCUCUUAGUGGCUCUCAAGGUCAUAUUUUGUAUUUCUCGUGACACUGUUAGUAUAAUGGUAACAUCUGUUGGCGAUACUUGCUGAAUCUUAGAUAGGGGAAAAAAAUAUUACGGUGAACAUUCAAAUAAUGAAAAGCCUUGAUGUUUAGUUGACCAGUUGAAUCAUUGUUGUAGUACCGGUAUAGAUCCCAUAAGCGGAAUGGCUGUGGGUAUUGGAGGCUUGGUGAACUUGGAUCUAACCCGCCUCUGUCGCUCUCUCCCCAGUGUGAUGAAGAUGAGGAAGAGGAGAGGUGGAAGAGGGAGCAGCAGAUGGGCGGAGCCUGUUCAGACCUCAUCAUCGAGGGCCAGGUGUACGUCAACAUCUCCCCUCCCGUGGUUGACCGAGGACCCAUUGGAGGCGGGACUCCCCGCCCCCGUUCCCGUAGCUACGACCGGAACCUGGACAAGUCCCCGCCCCCUCGGCUGGGCUCAUUGGAGCGCAUGCUGAGCUGCCCUGUCCAUCUCAGCGAAGGCGCCGCCCCCCUUGGCCCUCCCACUCCGCCACGGGUCACUUCCUUCGCAGAGAUCGCAAGGAGUAAGAGGAGAAACGGAGGAAGCACUGGCUCUCCUACUCUCAAGAUGGGGGGAUGUACAGAUCCCUUUUCCUCCACCCACUCGGCCCACUCCCACUCCUCAGCCGACUUCUCCCCCAUCCUGGAGGUCCUGGGUCAGGGUCCGAGCCACAGUCUACCCUUCCAGCACUACUACAGCCAGGGCAGCGUGGACCGCCACUCACCUGGUGGUGGCGCUAGAGGGACAAGCUCCACGGCGGAC